GCUCGCGGUCGCGUUUAGUUGGUUAUCGUUCAAGAGUCGAAGACCUCGUUGUCGUUCGUUCGCGUAGUGACAAAGCGUAAACUUUUCGAUCUAUCGACAAAAUUACCUGUUGAAUGUAAGUGUUCGUGGAGCAGAAAGAUAGUGGCGUAGUGGAGGUCCAAUUGGGAGAGGCAGAUCGGAAUUAUUCUGAAACUCGAUUAAUUCUAACCGAUACGCUUCCAAUAAGAAGGACAUUCCACAAAAAUUUAUAAAAAAGACUUGUUUUUUCCUCCUUGUUUUUGACCGAACAUUUUCCGUUAUCGGGUGUGUAUUAACAAUUAAAUAAAAUAGAAAGAAAUCAGUCAUGCACGAUCUUGCAAAAUUGGAUGGCAGCGGAAGCGAACUACUUAUGAAGGGAAGAGAUACACAGGCAUUCCGUGAAAGAACCAAGAGGGAUGCCCUGAUUGAACUUCAUCGAGAAUUAGACAAGCUUGAGGGAACCGCUACAGGGGAAGUUAAAGAGGAGAUCCACCGGCAAUUCGAAGGCUUCAUCCAUCUUUUCAAGCGGUUUCUACAAGAAGAAGGACCCUCGUUAGAAUGGGACCGUAUACAAAAGCUCCCCGACGAUGCUAUAAGAGAUUACAACUCUUUGCCACUACCAGAAGGAGAAGAAGUGAAAGCCCUGUUAAAUAAAUUAAUUGUUAUCAAAUUGAAUGGAGGACUUGGAACCAGUAUGGGAUGCCACGGACCAAAGUCUGUAAUAGCAGUACGCAAUGGACUUACAUUUCUUGAUCUUACCGUGCAGCAAAUUGAGUACUUGAACAAAACUUACAAUGCAAAUGUCCCUUUAAUUCUAAUGGAUUCCUUCAACACUGAUGAUGAUACGCAAAAAAUUAUCAGGAAAUAUAAAGGAAUAGAUGUUGAUAUCUAUACAUUUAAUCAAAGUUGUUAUCCACGUAUCAACAGAGAUUCAUUACUUCCAAUUGCAAAACACUGUGAUAUUGCUGAUGAUAUAGAAGCAUGGUAUCCACCUGGCCAUGGAGAUUUUUAUGAAAGUUUCCGAAAUUCUGGUUUACUGAAAAAGUUUUUGAAAGAGGGUCGUGAAUACUGUUUUAUUUCGAACAUUGAUAAUUUGGGUGCUACUGUAGAUUUUAAGAUUUUAAAAUUACUACUAGAUAAAAGUGAAGCAGCACCUCAUGAAUUCCUUAUGGAAGUUACUGACAAAACUCGAGCUGAUGUGAAGGGUGGAACAUUAAUUAAAUAUGAAGAUAAGCUUCGCCUUCUUGAAAUUGCACAAGUUCCAAAAGAUCAUGUAGAUGAUUUUAAGUCUGUGAAAACAUUCAAGUUUUUCAAUACCAAUAAUUUGUGGAUAAAACUCAGCGCAAUUGAAAGAGUGCUUGAACAUAAUUCUCUGAACAUGGAGAUUAUUGUCAAUAAUAAGACUUUUUCAAAUGGUUUGAACAUAAUUCAACUAGAAACAGCUGUUGGAGCUGCAAUGAAAUCAUUUGAAGGAAGUAUUGGUAUAAAUGUACCACGUAGUAGAUUUUUACCAGUGAAAAAGACCUCAGACUUGAUGCUUGUUAUGAGCAAUUUAUAUACUCUCCGUAAUGGUUCAUUAGUGAUGAGUCCACAACGAAUGUUCCCUACAACACCCCUUAUAAAAUUGGGCGAUAAUCACUUUUCUAAGGUUAAAGAAUUCCUUACCAGAUUUCCAGCUAUACCAGAUCUCUUGGAGUUAGAUCAUUUAACAGUAUCUGGUGAUGUUACUUUUGGUAAAAGUGUAACCCUUAAAGGAACAGUUAUCAUAAUUGCCCAUCAUGGAGAACGCAUUGAUCUUCCAUCAGGAACAAUUUUAGAGAAUAAAAUUGUUUCUGGUAACCUACGUAUCUUAGACCAUUGAAAUUAUAUAUCACAAAAAGAAUUUAUUGUUGCGCUUAAAAGAAAUAAUGCCUAUAUUGUACAUUCGUUUAAAAUUAAAUAUUAAAUAAAUUUCCAAACAAAGUAUGUACAAAUUUUAAUCUAUACAUUGAAAGUAAAUGUUAUUCUGAUAAUAAUAAUAACGAAUUGUAUAUUUAGAUUCUAUUCAAACUUAUUUUACUAGUCUGGCUACGCUUUAGCAUAACCAUAACUUAACCUAAUUCCGAGUAACCACAUACUGGCCGAACUUAAUCCCGCCUAAUCUUACCUCAAUCUAAUCUAAUGUAUUUCGUUUAUUCUCUAUAUAAGUUUUGCUUUUAUUACACUAUGUACAAAUAAACUAUAAUGUUAAUAAAUUUACUAAAAUUUU